GGCAACCUUUAAUGGAUAAUCUUACCCGACGUAUUAGCUCCUAAUCCAAUUACGGUAACACACUAUUCUAUACCAUACGAGUCUUUCCCGCGCCAUUUAUAACGGAGUUCUGAGAAAAAACAAAAAAAGAGGCACCAGCCGUAACGUCAGACACUGAGCGACUUCGAUCUGAACUAGUGACUGAGCGAGAGAGAGUCUCUGGGUUUGAGUAAGGAUGGAAGAUCUAAGUCCAUUAGAAGUUCGAUUCCUUCAACUCUGCAAGUCAUUACCAUCGUUUGAUGAAAAUUUUUAUACACAAUCUAUGGAUUUACUCAAGGAGAUAAGGAAAAAUCAUUUAUUACCGGAUACUUCUUCGUCUAUUGGAGGUGGAGAGGGAGAGGAAUUGGAAAUGUUUUGGUUUGCGUUUAUCUUGUAUUGGGUAAGAAGAUUGAGUGAAGGAUACAGUGGGAAAGCUAAUGGAGUGAGUUUGUGUCAGAUAUUGAGGGCGACUAAGCUUACGAUUGUGGAAUUUUUUAAAGAGAUGCCACAGUUUAAUUUGAGGGCUGGUUCAGUUUUAGUGAAAUUGUAUGGUGAAGAUUGGGAGAAGAAACUCGAGGCAAAAGAAUUGCAAAUGAAUUUCGUGCACUUGAGCCUUCUAAGCAAAUACUACAAACGUGUUUACGGGGAGUUCUUUUUGUCAAGUUAUGCCGAUGGGGAUAAAAAGAAUGUUAGUGCCAGCAUUAAGGGAAAUAUGUCAAAUUACCAACGGUUUGGAUGGUUGCUCUUUUUGGCACUGCGUGUUUAUGCAUUCCGCCGCUUUAAGGACCUGGUGGCUUGCACAAAUGGGUUGGUUUCGAUAUUGGCUAUUAUGAUUCUACAUGUUCCCCCAUGCCUCAGAAACUUCUCAACCCAUGACUCAAAACUGUUUGUCAGAAGAGGCAACAAGGGCGUGGAUCUUAUUGGGUCUCUUUGCAACAAGUAUGACACGUCGGAAGAUGAGUUGAGGAAAACAAUGGACAAAACCAAUAAUUUAAUUGUCCAAAUCCUAAAAAAGAAACCCUGUUUGCUAUCGGAGUGUAAAAUAGAACAUCUAGAAGGUAUUGACACAGAUGGGUUGACCUAUUUUCAAAAUCUAAUGGAGAAUUCAUCAUCUUUAUGCACAAGUUUAGAUACCUUAGAGAAGGACUAUGAUGAUGCAUUACGUAAUAAGGGUGAGCUGGAUGAGAGAGUGUUUGUUAACGAAGAGGAAAACUUACUUGGUUCAGGAGGUCUGUCUGGGGGUUCAGUUAAUAUUUCUGGGGCCAAGCGCAAGUUCGAUGCAACGGCCUCUCCUGCAAAGACGGCUACCAGCCCACUAUCCCCUCCUACUGCAUCGCCAAUAAGUUGUAAUUUUCUUUGUGACAACGUGGGGGUAGCUGCAACUCCCGUAAGCACAACAAUGGCGACUGCUAAAUGGCUCCGAACUGUUAUUUCUCCACUUCCUUCAGAACCCUCAUCAGAACUGGAGCAGAUUCUUUCUUCGGCUGGCAGGGAGGUGUUUAAUCAUGUUAUUCGUAGGGCCCGCAUAAUAUUGAGGGCUAUAUUUCCAGAUAACACUUCUGAUAAUACACAGAGUGCAAACAUGAUGGACAGUGUAUGGGCUGAGGAGAGAAGAGAGGAAGCUCUCAAGUUAUACUACAGGGUGUUGGAAGCUAUGUGUAGGGUGGAAGCUCAAAUAUUGCAUGUCAGCAACUUGAGCUCUUUAUUAACAAAUGAGAGGUUCCAUCGGUGCAUGCUUGCUUGUUCAGCAGAAUUGGUUUUCGCUACCCACAAGACUGUAAUAAUGUUGUUUCCCGCGGUCUUGGAGCGAACUGGCAUCACUGCUUUUGAUUUGAGCAAGGUGAUAGAAAGUUUCGUUAGAAAUGAAGAAACCCUUCCACGAGAGUUGAGGCGUCAUCUAAACUCUUUGGAAGAAAGGCUGCUUGAGAGUAUAGUAUGGGAAAAGGGAUCCUCACUGUACAACUCUUUGAUUGUUGCAAGGCCUGCGUUUUCUUCAGAAGUAAACUAUUUUGGAUUAUUAGCUGAUCCUAUCCCAUCACUGGAUACAGUUGCCGCACAUAAUAACAUUUCCUGCAGAGGUUUGCCACCCCUAUCUUUUUUGCACAAGCAUGAUAUAUCACAAGGUCAGAGCAGAGAUGUCCAAUCUCCCAAGAGAAUAUGUGGUGAUCACCUCAAUCUAUCUACGUCACCAGUAAAGGAUCCUAAAUUGGCCUUCAAGAGUCCCAAAUUAAAUUUAUCGCCACUUCCUUUACAAUCUGCUUUUGCCAGCCCAACCCACCCAAAUCUAGGAGGGGGUGUAGCAUCUGCUGAAAUGGCGAUCAAUGUUUUCUUUAACAAGAUUGUUAAAUUAGCUGCUGUAAGAAUCAAUGGGUUGGUUAAAAGUCUCCAACUGUCUCAGCAGAUAAGAGAGACCGUUCAGUGUCUCCUACAACAAAUACUUAGUAGGCGGACUGAACUGUUUUUUCGUCGGCAUAUUGACCAGAUCAUCCUCUGCUGCUUUUAUGGAGUUGCAAAGAUUUCUCAGUUAAGCUUGACAUUUAAGGAAAUCAUUCACGCAUACAGAAAGCAACCACAAUGUAAACCUCAAAUUUUCCGACAUGUAUUUAUUGACUGGUCAUCUUCACACCAGAAUGGGAAAACAGGUCAAGAGCAUGUUGAUAUUAUUUCCUUUUACAAUGAAAUUUUUGUUCCAUCUGUAAAGUCACUACUGGUGGCAGUCCAUUCUGCCAGUGCAACUUCUAAAGCCAAGCAGCUCCCAGAACCAAACCAUAACAUUGAUGGAACUGGCAAAUGCCCUGGAUCACCUAGGCCACCGCCAUUUCCAAGUCUCCCUGAUUUAUCUCCAAAGAAAUUAUCUCCAGCACAUAAUGUCUACGUCUCUCCCUUGCGAUCGUCCAAGGUGGAUGCUUUGAUCACGCUACCAUCUAAAAGCUACUAUGCAUGUGUUGGAGAAAGCACUCGUGCUUAUCAAAACCCUUCCAAAGACUUAACUGCCAUAAAUAACCACUUAAAUGGCAAGGUCAACACAAAGCUGGACUUCGAUAAUGUUGCCAUAGUAAGCGACUCUCUUGUUUCGAGCAGUCUUCACCGUGAGAGUGACAGUGAUAUCUCUGCUCCCAUUACAACUGCUGCUGCUACUACUUCUAAUUCACUGUUGGAAUUUAAGCAGUCGAAUAACACCUCAGACUAACUGAGGCAAGAUUAUAAACACAUCAUCAUCAACCGUGACCCAUAGAGAAAACACUGACCCCUAAAAAAAGAGAGAAAGGAUACAAUCUUUUUAAAAGAAGUAAGCUGAAGAACCCAAUUCAAAACCAUCGGCGACUCCUGGGAAUGCAUCUGAAACAGACGGCAUUCUGCCAAACAUCGGGCUAUGCACAUACUCCCCGGUGUCAAAACCCAAACAAGACCCACUUGACACCGU